AUGCUAGGCCUUCGAAUGCCCACAGGUAGUAAAGAUGACUGCUCGGUCUCGGUUGAAACGACGCAUCAUUUCGAGGCUAAGACGACGGAUAGCAGGCUGAAAGUAGGUCUGUUCAGCAUCCACCAUCAAUCGAACGCCGUUGGCUCGGGCAUGCUGGACGAAAAAUGCGUAAAUGAAAAAAUGAAUGUGAUGUGCCCUUUUGAAGGGCUUUCAUUAGAACUCUCUACACUCCACUCUGGCUCUCUCAUCUUCUUCACCCCCCUUCACCCUUGUGCUGGGAAUGUUGAUCAGUCUAACAUUGUUGCGCAGUCCUCCUUCCCUAGGUCCUAUCAGAGUCUCCCUCUUGCCACGUAG